AGGGAACCUGUACAAGCUGUACAGGUUCAACCCAAUAAGAAAACCUAGGGCAGGCGUGAUUCAGAACCUUAGAUCCUUGUCUGCAUUAGGAAAUUUCUGCCCAGCUGCCUCUGAACUCAAGACAAGUCAUACAGCAGAAGAAAGUUACGAACACAAGCUCUAGAAAAUGUCACAAGGUCCUUCUUUGACAUCCCAUCAAAGAGGAACGAAAGAGAGAGAUCCAUCUGCCCUCCAGGACCUCAGCUAUGAACUCCCUCUCCACAAGCGCCUUCAGUCCAGUGGCCUUCUCUCUGGGACUGCUCCUGGUGAUGGCUACUGCUUUCCCUACACCGGGACCCCUGGGAGGAGAUUCCAAAGAUGAUGCCACCUCAAACAGACCACCACUCACCUCUGCAGACAAAAUGGAAGAUUUCAUUAAGUUCAUCCUUGGCAAAAUCUCUGCACUGAGAAAUGAGAUGUGUGACAAGUAUAACAAGUGUGAAGACAGCAAGGAGGCACUGGCAGAGAACAACCUAAAUCUUCCAAAACUAGCCGAAAAGGACAGAUGCUUCCAGUCUCAAUUCAAUCAGGAGACCUGUCUGACAAGAAUCACUACCGGUCUUCAGGAGUUUCAGAUACACCUGAAAUACCUAGAAUCCAACUAUGAGGGUAAUAAGGACAAUGCCCACUCUGUGUACAUCAGCACCAAACACCUGCUCCAGAAGCUGAGGCCCAUGAAUCAGAUUGAAGUGACCACCCCCGACCCUACCACAGAUGCCAGCCUGCAGGCUCUCUUCAAGUCGCAGGACAAGUGGCUGAAACACACAACAAUUCACCUCAUCCUACGGAGACUUGAGGAUUUCCUGCAGUUCAGCCUGAGGGCCAUUCGGAUCAUGUAGCCUGGGCAUCUAAGUUUGCUGUAGUUCAUGGGCAUUCCUUUCUCUGGUUAGAAACCUGUCCAUUGGGCACAUAACUUAUGUCGUUCUCUGUGAAGAACUAAAAGUAUGAGCGUUAGGACACUAUUUUAAUUAUUUUUAAUUUAUUGAUAUUUAAAUAUGUUGAGUUAAUUUAUAUAAGUAAUAGAUAUUUAUAUUUUUUAUGAAGUGCCACUUGAAAUAUUUUAUGUAUUCAUCUUGAAAAAGUUAACAUAAAAUGCUAUGCAGCUUGAAUAUCCUCAGUGUUUUGGAGCCAGGUCAUUUCUUGGAAUGUGUAGGUUUACCUCAAAUAUACGGCUAACUUAUGCAUAUUUUUAAAAGAGAUAUUUAUAUUGUAUUUAUAUAAUGUUUAA